GGUGUGGCUGUCAUGUAGCACUCACUGGCGAAAGAGGCGAACGCGAACAGCUUCCAUCUCGGGAAGCCGAGAGGCAAGCUGGAUAUCAUAGGCAUUAAACGCCUCGCCGCCGCUAGCGACGAGAGAGACCCCGGUAUGGAUCCUUUGAGGCCUCAGCAUCGUCAUCAUUCUUUGUGCCUGUCCCUUGGAGCUCCUGGAUCUUGGCUCUUGGCUCUUGGCCUUUGGCUCUUGGGAUACUGGAUUUUGAGAUGGAGUUGGAGUGCAGGCCGACCAGAGUGCGGAAGAUCGGGUUCUUCACCCUCACCGGGGUGCUUUCUGGGGAAGGUGCAAAAGGGAGAUUGCAAGCCUGGAGUAACUACGGAGUAUCUCGUCGAUGCUAGUAUGGAUGGGGCAGGUUGUUGGCAACGCAGCCCGAGUCAGAAGGAGGGGGUCGCGGCCAUUUAUCGGGCCACCGGCCAAUCAGCCCGCCCGCAUCAUCUGAUCCGCUCGACACCCGCAGGCUCAGGCAUCAGUACCGGGUGACUCCAGCCAUACAGCGUACGGUCACAUACCCCCGACAUUACCCACUCGGCCCCGGGUCUCUCCAAUCCCCGGACCUCCUCCGCAUCCCAGUCAUCCACAUCGCCUCGCUUCCAUGGUAGGUUCCAAUGCACCUUCUCAACAUCCUCAAGAUCCACAUCCUCCCCUCCCCCGUCCUCAACCUCAGUCGUCCCGAACUCUACGGUUGCUAGUUUCGUCUCUUCCCCGCAUCAAUUC